GAUGGCGGUACGGAAGAAAGACGGCGGCCCGAAUGUAAAAUAUUUCGAAGCGUCUGAUACCGUCUCACAGUUCGACAAUGUCCGCGUUUGGCUGGGCAAGAAUUAUAAAAAGUAUAUUCAAGCAGAGCCCCCCACCAAUAAGUCUUUGUCAAGUCUGGUUGUUCAACUGUUGCAGUUUCAAGAGGAAGUUUUUGGCCGACAUGUUAGCAACCCUCCUCUCACCAAGCUCCCGAUGAAGAGUUUUCUGGAUUUCAAAGCGGGAGGGGCUCUGUGUCACAUACUUGCUGCUGCCUACAAGUUUAAGAGUGACCAAGGAUGGAGAAGGUUUGACUUCCAGAAUCCUUCCAGAAUGGACCGGAAUGUUGAGAUGUUUAUGACCAUAGAAAAGUCUUUGGUACAGAAUAACUGUCUGACUCGACCAGUGAUCUACCUGAGUUCAGAGAUUGAACCCAAGCUGCUAGGAAAACUGAAGGACAUCAUUAAACGACACCAGGGCUCAGUGACAGAGGAUAAGCAGGCCAGUUCUCAUGUGGUGGUACCCAUCCCUGCCAGUCUGGAGGAGGAGGAAUGGGUCCGUCCUGUUAUGAAGAGAGACAAACAGAUGCUGCUUCACUGGGGUUACUGGCCGGACAGCUAUGACACAUGGAUCUCUGCUAGUGAGGUAGAGGCUGUAGUGGAAGAUCCACCCAGUCCAGAGAAACCCAGGAAGGUUCACGCUAAGUGGAUUCUGGAUUUGGACCAGUACAAUGAGUGGAUGAAUGAGGAAGACUAUGAGGUUGGUGAAGGGGGCACAAGGAGGAAGAGGAUCUCAGCCAAGACCCUGACGGAUGAAGUGAGCGCCCCGGACGAGAGGAGAGACAAAAAACCUGGCAAUGCUAAGAAAAGAAAGCGCUCACCCUCGCCAUCUCCUACUCCUCCUCCGCAGGAGAGCAAGAAGAAGAACACCAAGAAAGGGCCCACUACCCCAUACACUAAGUCAAAGCGAGGGCAGAGAGAGGAGGAGCAGGAAGAUCUCACUAAAGACCUGGACGAACCCUCACCUGCGCCUGCAGUGGAGGAAGCUACACUUCCUAAAACAGUGACCAAGAAGGACUCAGAUUCGACUCCAGUGAAGGGGGGGACAAUGACUGACCUGGAUGAGCAGGAGGAUGAGGCUAUGGAACCUGUGGGGAAGGAGGAAGAGGAGGGUUCUCCCAGUGUAAAAGGAGAGCCAGUGAAAGGUUCUGAUCUGCAUGAGGAUAAUGUGACCGAGCAGACCCACCAUAUCAUUAUUCCCAGCUAUGCUGCCUGGUUUGACUACAACAGUGUUCAUGCCAUAGAGCGGAGAGCUCUGCCAGAGUUCUUCAACGGUAAGAACAAGUCCAAGACCCCUGAGAUUUAUCUGGCCUACCGCAACUUCAUGAUUGACACAUACCGACUGAAUCCGCAGGAGUAUUUGACCUCUACAGCUUGCCGUAGGAACCUGGCUGGAGAUGUAUGCGCCAUCAUGAGGGUCCAUGCGUUUCUCGAGCAGUGGGGGUUGAUUAAUUAUCAGGUGGACUCAGAGAGUCGGCCCACUCCCAUGGGGCCACCGCCCACAUCCCACUUCCACGUGCUGGCAGACACCCCAUCCAGCCUAGUACCGCUACAGCCUAAAGCUUCUCAGACUCCGUCCACCCAACAGAUGCUGUCCUUCCCAGAUAAAGUGAAGGACAAGCCCACAGAGUUGCAGAACUUUGGGCUUCGCACAGACAUGUACAACAAGAAGAGCGGCCCAGCCAAGGGCAUACAUGCAGCCAGUGCGACACGGGAGUGGACUGAACAGGAGACAUUGCUGCUGCUAGAGGGUCUGGAGAUGUACAAAGACGACUGGAACAAGGUCUCGGAGCACGUGGGCAGUCGCACGCAGGAUGAGUGCAUACUGCACUUCCUGCGCCUGCCCAUUGAGGACCCCUAUCUGGAGGAUGGAUCCUCCCCCCUGGGCCCACUGGCCUAUCAGCCAGUCCCUUUCAGCCAGGCAGGAAACCCUGUCAUGAGCACCGUAGCCUUCCUGGCUUCGGUGGUUGACCCACGUGUGGCUUCCGCUGCAGCCAAGUCGGCUCUAGAGGAGUUCUCUCGUAUGAAGGAGGAGGUGCCAGCAGCGCUGGUGGAGGCACACGUGCGUCGGGUGGAGGAGGCUGCUAGAGUGAGCGGAAGACCCGACCCUCUGUACGGCCUGGAGGGCAGCGGCAUUGCGGGCACCGGCCUGGAGGACUCAGACAGGCCUGAGGAGAGCAGUGAAGAGAUCAAGAGCAACGAUGGGCAAGCCAGUGAGGACAAGAGAGAUAGUAAGGAAGGUAAAGACGGUGCGAACGAAGAGGAGGAGAAACAGGGAGAGAAUGGAAAAAAAGAAGAAGAGCGAGCGAGAGAAGGGGAAACAGAAAGAGAGACAGAGAAAACAGAUUCAGACAUGGGUGACGGAGAGAAGGAGAAGGAAGGGAAGGAGGGAGCCGAUGAGGGCCCGCGGGAAGGAGAGAGCGAGGGAGAGAGAAAAGCCAAGGUGGAAAGAGACGUGGGCGAGGGCAACCUGGCUACUGCAGCCGCCUCUGCACUGGCAGCUGCCGCUGUGAAAGCCAAGCACUUGGCUGCAGUGGAGGAGAGGAAGAUCAAGUCUCUGGUGGCUCUGCUGGUGGAGACUCAGAUGAAGAAACUGGAGAUCAAGCUGAGACACUUUGAGGAGCUGGAGACCAUCAUGGACCGGGAGAGAGAGGCGUUGGAGUACCAGAGGCAGCAGCUCCUUGCCGAUCGUCAGUCGUUCCACAUGGAGCAGUUGAAGUAUGCGGAAAUGAGAGCUCGCCAGCAGCACUUCCAACAAAUUCAGCACCAGCACCACAGCAACCAGCCCGGCAACCAGCCCGGCAAUGCUCCACCUGUACCCCAUCAAUCAACCCCUAACACUAGUGCCCCACCUCCCACACCCAGCCCUGCCCCAGCAGUUUCUACCAACGCCCCCAAUGAAGCCCCUCCCCCCUCAGCCUCUCACACCUCCCCCCCGAACAACACACAGACUGGAGUACUGCACGACUCCAGCACUCCGCUAGCAGGGGACUCCCUCCGCCCCAAUGCCCCGGUACCUCCACCCCAGUAAAGAGGGCCAGGCAGAGGGGGAGAGUCAGAGGGAUUUUAGACAGUGAAAGAAAAGAGAUAGAGAAAGAGAAGAGAUUGAGACAGGGAAACAAAGGGAAGGAAAUGUAGUUUUGUCUUUUGACUUUGUUAUUUAGGAGGCAGUCCUCAGUUAAGCCAAGAUUUUAACAAAAUAACCGAUCCAGCCUCCAGUGAGUCAGUGCAGCCUCACAGGUCUGUGUGGACCAGCUUAGCAGUCAAAAAUGAAAUCACACAAAACAAACCAGCCUUCUGGUUUUAACAUAUUAGGAAAAAAACACCCAAUGUAUAUGCCAAAACAGAAUGCAGGGCCUUAGUGUCCUUAAGAACAUCAAAAAAAGACUCAUUAUUGAAGGGCCUGGUGGUAUUUGUAGUCAUAUUUUAGCCUCUUCUCUAUCACACUAUUUUUAAUGAGCCCUUCACAAAAUUGCAGAAUGUAGAAUUCUGAGGUAACUCAUCCUGAGACAUCCCAGUGUAGGUAGUGAAAUGUAUUGACAAAAAUAAAGGAAAAUAAAAAAAGAAAGAAAAGCUGCACUUUUAAAAAUGUUUUCCCAUUUUUACUUUUGGAGACAAGCAUAAAGUCCCAUUUUGACCUGAAGCACUUAAAAGUCCUUUUCCUGUCUCCUUCCUCUCACAUAAUCUUUGUAUUCAUCUAAUAGAAGCACUCAAUUUGGAAUGAAUCUGAGAAAAAAAAAACUUGACUUUGUAAUUGUUAUUCCGUAUGUGUGAAUAUUGGUUUAAAUUUUGGGACAAUGUGAAAGGCUUUGUGGGUCAGCCUGUUGUGCUUACUUCAUUUGUUUUCCCAUACAAGUAACUUUUAGCAUGACACAAAAGAGGGCAACAAAAUGGUGUUAAAUGUUUGCCUUGAAACUUGUCUGUAGACGAAAACCACGUACUGUAAACUUGGAGAGUCUCUCCUGAGUGUUUGGAUACGUGUUGAUUUGCUGUUAGCAGCGUAAGAGGUGACUCUCCCGGCUGUUUCUUUCCACCCCAGGUUAAUAACGGCCAACGUUUCUCUACGUCUUUCUAGGACGUUUUUUAAAGACUGAGUGUCCAUGGCGUGUGAAAGGACUGUCUCGUAGUAGUUCAUGGAUUCAUUUCAAGUUAACUGAAACAUAAGAGUGUCAAAGCUUUGGUUCAAAAAGCAGGGGACAUUUUUGUUUCUGUAUCAGGAAAAGUUAGGGAAGACAAAGCCGUCCAUCUCGAUUGUGUAUGAUACAAAGAAUACAGAUAUUAACCAAACUGUAAUCUGACUAUUUUAACAAAGUACAAAAAUCUUAUCGUACAAUAUAUUUCAUUUUCACUGUUCAGACUUAUGAGUCAGCUCAGAUUGUGAAAGAGAAUGUGCAUAUGUAUUGAAUGCCAGUCCAAACCCACAUGAAGCAUGGUUAUAUGAAGGAAAAGGCCUGGUUUUGUCACCUGAUUACUACCUGGACAGAACAAACAAGGGAUCUUGUUACAUUUGCAGUUGUAUCCUGUGUCUAUCUUCAUAUUGUAUCUUUCCUAUUUUUGUAUUUUUAUAUGUUUCUUUCCACUAUUAUCAUGAUUGCAGUAUUGCUGUUGACAUAUUAUUCCUGUAACUUUGCUCUCUUUCUGAUUGUGAACAUGCUUGUGUUACUAAAUUGUCAAUGUGAAAGUGUCAUCCUAUACCAUGAGACUGGACCGUAAGAGUGUGUGAGAAUAUGUGUGUGUGUGUGUGUGUGUGUGUGUGUGUGUGUGUGUCUGCCAUGCAUUGCGUUCUUCUGCCUUUAUGUGCCAUACGUAUGCUGAUAACUCACUGCUUUACAGUGUUGCAAGCAGUGAAUGCCACAGUUAAUAUCAAACUCCCACACAUUUUAACAGUAAAGCAGUUUACAUCUCUCCACAUGCAUGCUAAUACGCAAAUGUGUGCAGUAAUCAAACACUUUUACCUACACAACACACAUGCCUCAUUACCAGUGUUAAAAAGUUAAUAUGACCAAUUCUUUCAGAUUGCUGGCCUUUCUGUCUUUUACAGUGUGUGAACCUAGCGAUAUAUUGAGUAGUUUGUCUAAGUGUUUCUUUUUUUCUUUGUUCAGUUUGUCUUUUUAAAAAGAUGGUGCAAAAAGCUGAAAAGAGUUAUGUGUACAGUGGUUGAAUGCUUGUGGACAUCUGUCCUUUGCUGAUUUGUUGCAGGUUGCCGGGUCAAACACCUGCUUAACAGACUGGUUAGUAAGAAUGCAACAGUUUUAGUUUCGGAAAUACAUCCAAAAGUCUUGAACAAUAAAAUAUCAAUGAUG